AUGGUGAAGAAACAGAUACUGUUCUGUCAGGAUGGACCGGAGGGUGCAGGAGGGAGCAGGAGGAGCAGGAGGAGCAGGAAGGAGCAGGAGGAGCAGGAGGGAGGAGGAGCAGGAGGGAGCAGGAAGGAGCAGGAGGGAGCAGGAAGGAGCAGGAGGGAGCAGGAAGGAGCAGGAGGGAGCAGGAGGAGCAGGAGGAGCAGGAGGGAGCAGGAGGAGCAGGAGGGAGCAGGAGGGAGCAGGAGGGAGCAGGAAGAGGAGCAGGAUUUUCUACAAUACAUUCAGUUGUAA